AUGAAGGACUUGGUGUGUAAUCCAGAAACAGGUCAUGUGGUGAAGAUGAAGAGGCAGCGUAUCGACAGCAUGCAGGCUCUGCUUCAUUGCCCCAGUGUGCUGGUGUGUGUCGGCCGGGAGCCGUUUAAGCCUGUAUCGAUGGAGAAUUUGAGGAAACACUCGGUGGAGAAGCUGCCCGACCUGGCUCCCCAUUCCAAUGGCAACAAUGUUAAUGAAAACAAUGAAAAUAAUGGCGCACCUUUCUCAAACAGUUGUUCGCAUCCAAAACCUGGGGACCUGGUCCAUUCCUUGGUCAAUGACGACAUAGAAAAACGGGUACAUGUGAACAAGGAUGGUAGCCUGUCUGUUGAGAUGAAAGUUCGCUUCCGCUUGCUAAAUGAUGAGACUUUGCAAUGGUCCACCCAGAUCAAAAAGUCCAAUCUGAUGAACCAGAUGCCUUGUGAAGAGUCAGGUGUAGAGGAGGACAGUGGAGUAGACCCCAUACAGAAAAUGAACCCAGAAGUCAGCUCAGAGGCAGAUGAGUCAUUAUAUCCCUGUGAUAUUGAUUCUUACAUGUCAAAACUUGAGGAAUCAGAAUGUGAUGAGGCUCAUUGUCAUAGCUGUGGCAAGAAACCCCAAGACUAUGACAUUUGGAAAAACCCCAUGCACGCAUCCCAGAGGGAAGAGCCCAGUGUACGAAGCACCUGGCACACGCGGUCAUCAUGCUCCAGCACAUCUUCUCGGAGGAGAGUAGUCCACAAAAAAAUGGCUUCUGUGGAUAGCCUCCACACCACAUCCAGUGAGGAAUUCUCUGAGCACAUUGUGCAAGAGUCCUCAUCCUACUCAGAGACUAUAGAGAACAGGGUAGCAUAUCGAUCCAUUAAAAAGCGUACAUGUCGAAGUGAUUUGUCUACAGGUGCUUCCAAUGGAGAAGACCAGCAAGAAUACACUCGGACAAGCACGAGCAAUAGUCAAAGACCUUCAUCUUUGGGCUUAAUGUCACAUUCAAGCUGUGAAAACAAUCUGGAUACUCAAGACGCCUCUGAUGACCAUGAGGCCAGCAAAACUAAUUCACAAAAUGAAGAUGAAAAUUGUUUUGAAGUUUCCUCUGUAAAGUGCUUAAAGGAUGAUGUGGAAGAGGUUAAAAGCAGCAGAGUUGGGAGUGUCAUGUCAAGGUCAUCUCUGCAGUCCAGACAGAGCAAGAAGAAUGUAUGUGAGGAAACAAGUAGCAUGGGUAGGAGCAUGUCCUCCUCCAGCCUUCAGAAGGCAAAUCAAGAAGAUAACACUGGGUGCUCCACUCCUGCCAACAGUGUGCACAGCAAGUCUAGUAACUGUACUGCAAGAGCGAAGAGUGAACCGGAUGACCAUUCUGACGACAAUGCAGUGGUCUCCUCCUUCUCCAGUGAGUCCUGCCCUAAGAAAGACACUGAAGAGGUUGAAUCUGAACAAGAAGAAAAUGAAAUCAAUGAAGUCAGCUCAGUGUCAGCAAAAGCAAAGCCCAGCCAAUCAGCUAGAGAUGGGAGCAGUGAAGGUGAACGAUGCUCUACACAGGGAACCCCCCAUUCCAGAGCUAGUGACAGGAACAGCAAGAGAAGUGACAGUGAUGAGAUUGUUCUGUGCAAUGCCUCUUGCUCUUCCAGAGGAUCCAAAAAGAGCAAAUAUAGUCAUAUUCAUUUGGAUACACAGUCUGAAAUGUCUGUGUCUUCACUUGAAUCCACUCCAAAUAAAAAGAAGAAUUCCCUACAUGCAGAUGAUCUGAGAUCAUGCAGCAGGGCAUCUAAUUACUCCAAAAGCUCAUGUGAAAUCAAGAAAAAAUCUAUUGGAGACCCCAUGUCUCAUAACUCAGGAUCUUUUCACUCAAACAUUUCAUCUAUUAGUGAAGCAGAGGCACUUGCAGGUUUUACUGAGGAGAAAAGCUUGAAAAGUACCACCAAUGGCUACAGUGAAUCCUCAAAAGGCUCAAAGAACAGAAGCCAUAGAGAAGAAAAUAGCAAGCCAUCAUCCCUCUGCUCAAGUGUUUCAAGCCCUAAUGGAAAAGCUGGAGAGGGUCAUUCCAAGAUGAAUUCAGAGGCCCCUUCUUCAAGACAUGGAAGUAUGAGUGAAAGUGUGUGUUCAAAAGGUGACCUCUCAACUGAGACUAGGAUUAGGAAUGGAACUCCUGCAAGUGUCUCUUCAAGAGUCUCUUCAAAAUCAGAAGUAAAAGAUAAACGCUUGUUGACACAGAUAUCCCUGGAAAGUGAUGAUAGGUGUUCACAUUCAAACAUAUCUCAAUCUUCAAAAUCAAGGCAGAUAAAAACUAGAAAUCUUCGUGUGAAGAUGUCAAACUCCAGCCGAGCAUCAUUGUCUGAGACUUUAUCAGUGUGUAGUAUGCAUUGCCCUGCCCCACCAAAAGGGAAGCCAAACAGCAAGAAAAUACGGUCAACCAUGUUGAAGAACCCCUCCAUUAGCAGCAUAAGUACUGAGUCAGUGCUGACCACAGGAAAAAAACAGAAAGAAAAUAUAGAUUCCUCCAGAGCAACUUCCUAUGGGUCUAAGUCAGCUGCAACUGAAGUAAAUGAUCAGAAGAAUAAAGAGAUUGAUGACUUUUGUGGCAGAAAAGUGGAGGAAGAGUUAGAAGGCAUGGGCAUGCAGGAGGAAGGGAGUGAUUUAAUGCCAUCUACUCUACCAAAUACGUCUCCAGAAGAAGUUGUGCAAGAAUGGCUAAGUAAAAUCCCUUCAGAAACAUUACUUAUGAAAUAUGAAAUGGAGGAUGAUGCAGAAGAGGAAUGUGUAGAGGCAACCACUGAGGUAUCAUACUCUACAAAUGCUGAGGAAAUCUCAGAGGAUGAAAAAACUGAGAAAAAGAAGUUGGAGGAAGAUGAAAAUGAGGCAAAGGAUGAAGUGGGAAAAGAGACACCGGAAGACACUGCUAUUAAUGAAGUGGCUGAAGAAUGUGUGAAUCAGGAACAAAUCUCUGAGGUUGUGUCUGAAGCUGCCAAGGCCGACAAGGCAGAAUGCAGCCAGUCAGUUACAUCCAGCCAAAAUAACAACAGAAGAGACCUUCCAGCCUCUGUCCAGACUUCCGUCCAGAUCAUGAAAGCCUUGCUCAGUUCAAAACAUGAAACAAAAUUUGACCGAUCAAACAGUUUGCCUGAAGUGUCCCCCACUAUGGGGAGAAAACUGAGUAACUCUGCCAACAUUUUGAUUACUUGUCUUGCCAGUCUCCAGCUCCUUGAUGAAGAGUCAGAAGAUCCAUCAGAUGAAUCAAAAUAUUUGAAUAAGCCAAGGUAUAUUGAGCUGCUAAAUAUUUUUCAAACCCUGUGGUUUGGAUGCACAGCUGAAAAAAGUGGUCCAAGUUCAGGUCAAGAGGCAAACGAGCAGGCAAAGACAGCCUCUGGGUUUAAAGCCCCAAAAUCUGUACAUUGUGACUUCACUCCCAUGUCCUCCUCUGGGGUUGAUGUUAGCAGUGGUUCUGAUGGCUCGGGAGAAGAUAGUACAGGUGGUGCCAGGGACUGCAGUUUAAUGGCACAGAAAACUGUUGAAUUCAAAUCAGCUGGACAAGUGGAAAAUGUAGAGACUGGAACUGAACUGACUGAGGCUGAGGACCAAAGUAAAGAGGAAGAGCAGUCAUCCCAACCUUCAACAGCCUGCUCAAAAUCAAAAGGUGAGGAAAAAGCACAGUCUACUAGAGAGGACUCUCUAAUUCAGGAGGCAGAAGAGAAUGAGGAUGAGUGCAGUAACUGUGAAAAUGGUCAGGAGGAAGGGAGAGAAAAUGAAGGAAACAGCAAAUUAGCUGAAAGUGGAGAACAAGAAGAAGUUGAAGCUGUGAAUGAUGAACUCCCAAAAGAAAAUCUUGAAGAGAAUGCUGACCAGCUAAACAAUACUGAUGAUACAAAUGUCAAUGAUGUUGAUUGUGGGACAGAACUGAAAGCUGAUUUGGAAGAGCAGCUUGAAAAAGAGUCUCCAAAUGACUCAAAGCCCAAAGUCUAUACAGCCGCCAGUGUGGGCACAUCCCUUGUCCAGCGAAACUCAAUGGAUCCGGAUCCAAUCUGGGUCCUGAAACUCCUCAAGAAAAUCGAGAAGGAGUUCAUGGCUCACUAUGUCAGUGCCAUGAAUGAGUUCAAAGUCAGGUGGAACCUGCAGAACAACCAGCAGAUGGAUGAAAUGAUACUGGAGCUGAAGGAGGAAGUGGGUAAAAGGAUACAAAGAAGCAUAGAGAAGGAGCUGAGGAAGAUCAAAGCCAGAGCAGGGAAGAAGACACCAGUACCUCCAGAUGAACCACUCAAGUGUGAGUUAACACUCCAAACUGAGCAGAGGAGGCGGAGACUGCAGACUAUGCAUAAAAAGUCACUCUUCAGUGACAAGAAUGGAACCCAGAGUAGGCUAGAGGACACAUCAGACUUAUCAUUUGAUGUAGAUGAAGAUAUAGCAUUUAGUGCAGCUUUUGAGGCCAGUAUUAGUAAACAAACAAGUGAGGACGAAUACUGCCCAUGUGACUCUUGUGCAAGGAAAAAAAUGGCUUCCAAGCCCACAAGAAACCCAAUGGUGGCCACCAAUGCCCCAGUCAUGAAAGCAUUUGAUUUACAGCAAAUCCUGAGGUUGAAGAAACAUGGUAAUGAGGAAACCUGUGCCUCAGAAGCAGCCCAGGACAUCAAAAUUAUUCCCAGCAGUUCUGUGAAAGAAGAAGCAGAAAACAGUAAUCCAAAUGAGAAUGAUGAGGGUGAACUUCAGCCAAGUGAAAUGGAAGUGGAGGGCAAUGAAGAAAAGGAGACAGAAUUAAAUGAAGGGGACAGCUCAACAUUGAACGGAGAUGGAGAAGGACCUGAAAUAUCAGAGAGUCAAAACUGUGAGAUGGAGGAUGAGGAAACCGAAGAGCAGUUGAAAGCUGAAGAUGAAACUGACAAUGAAGCUGAAGAAGCAGGGGAGCCAGAGGAUGAGGACAUUGGGGCUGAUGACGAGGAAGAGACAUCCGAAUACGGAGGAGAUGUUGAUGGCUGUGGUACUGACAACAAUCCUGAAGGAGAUGCUGCAGAAGGAAGUGAGGAAGCUGAGCAGGAUGAAGCUAAGGCAGUGGAAGAUGCAAAUCCAGAGUCAGAAGAUGAGGCAUGUUCAGCUGAGGAGGAAAACAACAGUGAAGGAGGUGAUAAAUAUGAUGAGAAUGAUCAGGAACCUACCAGUGAUGACCCUGACAAGGCACAUGAAAAACACAAAGACAAAGGCAACAACAAGAUUUCUGAGAAAGCCUCAAAGGCCAAACGCAAAAAAGACAGCAAAAGGCUAGAGACUCUGGACAAAGCAGCUGCCUUUUCUUGUUAUUCUUCCAUGGGAAACUUCUCACAGCAAUCCCAGAAGGGGUCUGAGGAUGAAGGUGAAGAGGAAUGCAAGGAUGACAACAACCCCAUGAACAACCACCCCAAGGGAGAGGUUCAAAGUGAUGAGAGCAGCAAACCCUCACAGAUGUAUCCUGACAGCGAGGAAGAAGAAGAGGACAAAGCAUCUUCAUGCACUGAUUCUUUAGGAGAUGAGGACAAGGCAGAUGCUGAAGGUGCAGAUCUAAAGAAAGUUGAACAUACUGAUGAGGUUCAGGCUUCUAAAGAGAAAAAAGACUCUGAUGAGAUUGACCAGGAUGACCUGGACUUCUAG